AUGAGCAGCUGGGGGGACGGCGGGCUUCGGUGGCCGCCCCCACCCCGCCGGGUGCACCUGCGCGCGGCGCCGCGGCCUCCCGCCGCCAGUGCCCGACCCCGGGCCACCGAACUCGCCGCCCCUCCCCUCCGGUCAGCCCGCCCGGCGGCGGAAGCGUCCCGACCCCCGGCAGGCACCGGAGAGCCGCGGGGGAAGAGAGCUCGCCAUCACAUGGAGGCCCGGGCCCGCCCCCAUUGGCUGCGGCCGAGCCAGUGGCGGCGCUCGCCGGCUGCGGUUGGUCCCGAAGCUGCAGCGCCUGCACGGGCCCGGAGUCCAUGUUACGCUUUGUCUAAUUCCCCCCGUAACAGAGUCAUGUGCUGCUGCUCCCGUCGCCGCCGCUGCCGCCGCCCGUGGUGCCCCGGCUCCUCCGCCGAGCUUCGAGGUGGCAGCCGCGGGCGGGGCCGCGGGAGCAGGGUGCAGGGCGCCGCGCGCCUCCGCCGCCCCGGCGCGUCCGGGAGCAGCAGUAGCCGCACGCCGCAGGUGAUGCCGCCACCUCCCGCCUCCGCCUAA